UAUCAUUAACAUGCAGCAAAUUCAAGAACAUGACAGGGUAUUUUGAUCUUUGGAUAUAAAAUAAGAAGAACGGACUAGCUCUCUUUAGUUUUGCUGUUUUAGCAGAAAACCAAAUAUGUUUCGAACCCUCCUAAUUUUCUCUUUGGUGAUUUUUCUGAUUCCGGGUGAUGUCUGCGCUUGGGGAAGAUUUAGACAGGCUUUUGAUAAGGUCAAGAAACGUGCUGAAAAAGCAAAGGAGAUUAUUGACAAAAUACAACAAGUUUUGGAUAUCAUAGGAAAGAGGUCAGCAGAUAAGGAUGUAAACCGUUUUGAUAUCUGCAAAUUUUCUUCUUUGGACCUGAAUAUUGAUGGCGAAAUAAGUGAGAGUGAAAUCUCAACUCUGAUAGAAAUGACAGGCAAAACUAAUUUUGCCUCCUACUUUCAACAACUUGAUAUUAACAAAGAUAACAAAGUCACAGAAAGGGAAUACCGAGGCUCCGACAUAAUAAGAAAUGGCUGUCCUUGACGAUCAAUUUUUAAUCUUUUAAUUUGAAUUCCUUUGGAUUGUUUUUUACAGUUUUAUCGUUGAUCUAUACCUUAUUGCAUUUUUUAGUUUUUGUUUUUAAAUAAAGAUGUCAAAAUAUGA